UCUGUGAAGACUGUACUGAAUAUGAUUGUAAUAGUACUCAAGAAGGCUUCUGAAACCAACAACAUUCUCAACCACUCCACCACGAACUCGCUCGAUUUUUCGAAUAAGAACCCGCCGAUAGAUCCAUCGAAAAGCCCUCGAUCAUACGAGCAUUCUGACCCCAUCGCCGACCGCAUACCCUGUGUGGUGGUGGAGUUAUUCAGCCAAACAUGAACCAGACUUUGUUUGAAACUCCAG